AUGGACGACAAGAGGAUACCCAAAGAAAUCUUCUUUGGCGAUGUUGGGACGGGUUCACGCCGACAUGGAGGUCAAGGCCGGCGCUACAAGCAUACCCUGAAAACUUCCCUGAAGCGCAUGCAGAUCAACCCAGCCAAAUGGGAAGACCUCGCCCGAGACCGACCGACCUGGGGGAAGGCAUUGAUAAUAGGCGCAGCGAUCUACGAAGCCGACCGCAUCACGGCAGCCAAAGCCAAACGUGAGGCUUUCAAAUCUCAGCUGCCGCUGCUGCUGCCGCCGCCGCCGCCGCCUCACAACGCCAGCUCCCAACCGCCUCGAAUGUGUCCAUGGUGUCAAUGGACGUUCCGGGCGCCAACUGGAUUUUUUGGACACCUCUGGACCAACUGCAGUACCCGGACUGCACCAACCGUCGUCUCUCCGUCCACCUCUCCUCGCCUUCCACACCAGCAAAAAUCAACUCCCCUGGCGGAGGGGCGCUCACCGAUCGAUCUUACAGAACUUGUCCGUUUCGCUCUGCCUUACGGACUGGUGGGCUGGGGGCCAGGCUAA